CUGAACUGCACUUUUUAAACCCACAGGAACCUCUUCUCUCUACCAUGCCCAGACAAUGAAGGCUCCUUCAGUCAUGUUGAUACAAAGGAUCUUACUGUACAUCCUUCUGGUAAUGCUGGCGCAAAGCAACUACCAAGUUUACGGAUUUGAUGACACUGAUUGUCCAGUUGAAAUUCAGGUUAGGAGAGACUCCCACCACAGAAUUAAUGUCGGGAACUCUUUGAUUAUACGCUGUCCAGUUUAUUACUGCAAGAAAAAGCCAGUCAUGGAGUGGUGCAAGAUAGAGGUGGCUACAUGUGUGCAGCUGAAGGAGGGCAAAGCAGAAUGGAAGUCCAAUGUAUUUACUCUGGAGGUUGUCUCAGUUCACCAGAAUGAUAGCGGACUUUAUCGUUGUCGAGCAAUAGGGGACCAAUAUUACAGUGAGAGCCAUGGAAUUAAGGUUAUUGUUGAAGACAAGUCUGAAAACAUCAUCACGAUUUCACCAGAAAAUACUACUAGCAUCUCAGAAGAACCUGGAAACUACAAGAUAUUGCAUGUUAUUUAUGCUUCAGCAUCCGUGAGUGUCUGUUGUCCAAUCAUCAUUGUAUGCAUAUUUUGGUGUCUAAGGAAGUACCAUGCAAAGCAAAAGACAACUCCAUUAACUCAACAGAGACAAAAUAGUCUGGUCAGAAGUCCAGCAGCUGCUCCAUCACAUGCUGCUGGGACAACUCAAGCUUCAGAAGAAAGCUCCUCCCUUUAUUAUUGCUCCAUGACUAGCCCACUGCAGGACUUGCAUGGCAACGCAAUUUAUGACAAUGAUGUCCCUCUCUGCGAUGCUCAGAGGACAGCAGCUAAUGCUCCUCGGAAUGAUCUUGUUAUUACUUCCAUCCCCGUUUUACUUGAAAGCUCAGAUAUCCUCACAUACGCUGCACUAAAUCAUUCUGCUAUUGCAGAAAGAUGCCAGAGAAGGGAACUAACUGUAGAAAAUGAAUUUACAGAAUAUGCCUCCAUUAAUGUAAAUAAAUAAAUGUGUCAAGGACUUCUCCAAACAACCAUCUUGCAUGCAGUCACAGUUCUAGAUUCCCUCCAGGAUGUUGUUCCUUUCUCUUUUGGGAAAACUUCCCUUUUGUUAAGAAGAACCUAUGGAUGCUCCUGGAAUGCUAGAGUUCAAAACGCAGCCCAUGUCAAUGGUUUGGCAUUUGCACUGUGUGUUUGUCUCUUAAAAAGGGGAAUAAAAGCAGUCAUCUUUCUUAUUUUUCCUUUUUUUUCAGGAUUCUGCUUCUAGUCUAAAUUUGAUUUGGUUAUAAUUUGAAUAUAGACAAAGGGGAGAAGGGGAAGGUUUUCCUAGGAUAGAAACAUGUAAAAUGAGCCUGUGAGGAAGAUAAUAUUGAGUCACGUUAAUUUCUCCCUAGUAAAAGCUAAGACUGUUUCUGGGAGAAUUUGUCUCUGUGUUUCAAAGAACAUCCUUCCAAGGAUUCAGUUUUCAACUCCAGUUUACUCUAUCUCUUUGCAAAGAUCUUUGAGCACCAUGAAUGUCUAAAGCUAUUAUUAACCAAAAUAAAGUGAACACUUGUGUGUGUGUGUGUGUGUGUGUGUAUGUUUGGUUUUUUGUGGACC